AAGUCUCCUCUGACGGAGUUGCUUCCCAACUACGUUGGCUCCCGAUUCUCCGUAGGAACAGACGGCAGAAUUUUCCGUCAGACGCGUGACUGCAGCCAAACAAGUCGUCAUGAGAUGAGAUUGAGACUCGACCGAAUUAGCGAAACACUAGCGUCAGACAGCCUAGGCUGUCAUAGGAUACUCGUCUGCCGUGCUUGACGUUAGUUUGCUAAGCUCGAAAAUAGUAGUUCGUCCUCCGCUCCAGUAGGUUACGAUGUUUGUCCAGCUGACAAACACACAACUCUAAUCGUCGAGCAUAGCCCUUGAUAUCUACACGGACCUGGACCAGACCUAGUUACCAACUAGAGGUCGUAUUUAUCCCUAAUAACCAGUUUUACGGUUCCUCUACCUGAGUGAGACAUGCUGUAAUGGCGGAUAACCGUCCUUUCAUGGCUAGCGCGUCAGGAGCGACCGAGCACGAUUCGCUGGCCAGCUUUCCAGAACCUCACAGCAGCGGAGCUCCGCAGAGCAGCGGAGGGUACGACAGAGGCUAUUCCGGCGGCAUUCCGCGCGACAAGGAGGACGUGCUCAGGACGCUACCUCCCGUUACUGGGCCUACGGGCGGACCCACCCGCCGGUCUUCAAGAGGUGGUUGGACCGCCGAAGAGGACGAAAUCCUCCGGAGAGCAGUGCAGUGCUACAAGGGCAAGAACUGGCGUAAAAUUGCCGAGUUCUUUCCCGAUCGCACGGACGUGCAGUGCCUGCACCGAUGGCAGAAGGUGCUCAACCCGGAGCUCGUCAAGGGGCCCUGGACCAAGGAGGAGGACGAGCGCAUAACGGAGCUGGUGGCGCAGUACGGCGCGAAGAAGUGGUCGCUCAUCGCGCAGCACCUGCCGGGGCGCAUCGGCAAGCAGUGCCGCGAGCGGUGGCACAACCACCUGAACCCGGGCAUCAAGAAGGAGGCGUGGGGCGACCACGAGGACGUGCAGCUCAUCAAGGCGCACAAGCUCUUCGGCAACAAGUGGGCCGAAAUCGCCAAGUUCCUGCCCGGCAGGACGGACAACUCGAUCAAGAACCAUUGGAACAGCUGCUUGAAGAAGCGCGCCGAGCUCUGCUCGCUCUCGGACCUCCUCGCCCUUCCGCCUUCCCCCGCGCUCCCCGAGAUCCCCAUCUCCGCGGAAGUGCUGCAGGCCGCGCGCGAGGGGAAGCCGCUUCCGCCCAUCGGCGGAGACGGCGCCAGUGGGAGCGCGAGCGGGGGAGAGGAAGAGGAGAAUGCGGGGGAGGAGGGAGACGAGGACGCGGAAGGGGAGGAGGGGGCGAGAGGGUGCGAGGGUAAAGGGAAGGGCAAGGGAAAGGAGCGGGUGGGGGAGAGGGGGAGUGGAGGGUCGCAGCAGGGUGAGGAGCAGCAGACGGGACAGAUGGAAGUGGCGGUGGGGAUGCCUGCGCUGCCCCGAGGCCAGUUCCAGGGGAGCGUUCAGGUGCUUCCGCAGCAAGUGGUGGUGAAGCUGGAGCAGCUGGAGGCACACCGGCAGCAGGAGCAACAGCAGGAGCGGGAGCAGGAACAACAUCAACAACAGCAGGAGCAGGAGCAGGAGCAGCAGCAGCAGCAGCAGCAACCACGCCCGGUCGUCUCUGAUGGUCGACCUGCUGCUGCUGCCGCGUCCGCACCCCGUCCUCCUACACCCGACGCCAUCCCAAUCCCCUCUGGCGUGACUCCCUCCGCCACCGCCCCUAGCGCAGUUGCCAGCGCGGGUCCCAACCCCCCCACCUUCCUGCCACGGCGCCCCGUCCCCUCGGUGCGCCUCUCAUUGCCUGGAGCCCAAGCGGCAGCGCCGAACGGGACCCAACCGUUGUGCAACGUCUCACAGGCCGUAUGCAACGGGCCCCAAGCCCAGCCUCAGCCUCAGCCGCAGCCGCAGCCGCAGCUCCAGGCCCAGCAGAUGGCGCCUGGCGUGCACUUGACAAGUGGUCGCAGCCGCGUGGGGCCCACCGGCCGCACCAUCACUCUGCUGGGCGGCAGACUGCCGUCCACGCUGGCCUGCUCGCCGGCUGAGAAAGGACCCCGACCCAAGGGAGAUGGUGACGGCGAUGCUGACGUGGCGCAUGGUGCUGUGGCGCCACAGGGUGUGGGGCAGCAAGGUGCGAGGGCACAGAGCCAGCAGCAAGCUCAGCAGAACGGUCACUACCAUCAGCGUUACCAGCACGAGCAGCAGCAUCAGCAUCAGCAGCAGUACCAGCAUCAACAGCAUCAACAGCAUCAACAGCAUCAACAGCAUCAUCACCAGCAGCAGCAGCAGCAGCAGCAGCAGCAGCAGCCUCGUGAAGCCCCACCGUCUAGCAAUGGUUGCUUUCCGCCCUUCCCGCCUCCCUACGGUGGGUCCGCGCCCCUCAAUGCUUCCGCUCCACUCGCCAUCAACUCGUGCGCGCCUGUCAACUCUGCAGCUCCCCUCCGCAUGCCCUCAGCACCGGCCCCAGUCAGCGCCAACGGCCCUAGAAGCUGCGCCAACACGCACUCCACCAGCACUGGCCCCAUUCUCCCCCCCACCAGCUCCGCCCCUCCCCUCGCCCUGGGCUCCGCGCUUCUGUCCUCCGGGGCGCCCAGCAGCGGCGCGCAGGGCGGCGCUGCCGAGCCCAGCUUGCUGCGCAUCGCCUCCAGCAGAUCGCUCAGGGCGCCGGGCGGGGUAGGUGUUCAGCAGCACGCCAUGCAGCCGCGCCAGCAGCAGCCACAGCAGCAGUAUCAGAAUGAGUCAGCCUUUGCUCCCCCCAUGGAUAGCUCGAGAUACGCUGCUUCCACGUCUGCACCGGUCUCUGUUCGGCCUGCGCUCACUCUGCCUUCACCAGCCGCACUCUCUGCUGCCCCUCUUCCUCCUCCUGCUGCUGCCUCUGCUGCUGCGCCCCCCACUGGUGCCCCUGCCCCCACGUCCUUCCUGCACCUGCCCUCGCGGCCGCCUCUGACCCUCCCUCAAGCACAAGCACCGGUCAGCCACCAGCCGUACCAGUCUCAGCAGCAAGGACCCAUGCAGCUCACAGGACCCGCUGACGCGCGGCAGCAGCAACAGCAAGCUCGGCAGCAGCAGCAGCAGCAUGGACAUCAGCAACAGCAUCAACAGCAGCUGCCACCGCCACAGCCUGUGUACUACCAGAACCAAAGGCAGCAGCAACAGCAGACUCAGCAGGCUCUGCAGCCACCGCAGCAGUAUCAACAGCAGCAGCAGCAGCAGCAGCAGCAGCAGUAUCAACAGCAGCAGCAGCGGCAGCAGCCGCAGUAUCAAGAGCAGCAGCAGUAUCAACUGCAGCAGUAUCAGAACGGGGCGAUGCCACAACGGCACCAGCACGCCCUCCAAAUGCCUUCCUGCCCUCCUCCCCCUCCACCGCACUCCAUCAUUGCCUCCUCUUCCUCCUCCGCCUACGCACUCACACCCUCCCUGUCGCCACCACCACCACCACCACCACCAUCAGCAGCCCUCGCCCCCAGCCAGCCUCAGUUGGGCCAUCAGCCGCGCUGCAGCUGCCCCAUGCCCCACCCCGCCUCCACGCCUUGCUGCCCUGCCCGUGCUUCUGCUGCCCCCCCCCCUUCUCGCCCCGUUCUCUCCCUACCGCCGUCCUGCAACACAGGUCCACUGCAUGACCAGCAACAGCAGCCGCAGCAGCCGCAUCGACAAAUGCCACCCCCAACCGCGCCACCACCAGCAUCAGCACCAGCGCCAGCUCUGCUUUCAGUGCCGUUCAUGCCCACUCAAGCACCAGCAGCACCACCAGCAGCACCAGCAGCAGCAGCUCCGGUGGCCCCUGCUGGCGCCCCCACUCCACCCCCCACUGCCAUACAAGCAGACACCAAGCCGCAGCUGUGCCCACCCCAGGUGCCACCCCCUCUGCAUCUUACGAGUGGCAGAAACACUGCGACGGGUGGCAGGAACGCUGUUACAGGUGGUAACACUGUUACGAACAGCAACACUGUGACAGGCGGAACUGUAGCACAAGGACGUGCAACAAAGUAUUCAGAGGGAGCCUGGGAGGCAAGGAGAGAGGCGAAGCAGGAGAGUGGGGGGGGGCGAGGGGGCGAGGGCGCGGAGGAGGAGGAGGCGGCGGCGGUGCAGCGGCUGCUGAGUCUGGAUGGGGCGGCAGCGGAGCCGCUGUUCCAGGCGGCGGAGCAGGCAGUGCACGAGUACCACGCCGCCCACAAGUACCACACCAACCAGGGCCUGCCCACCCGCACAGGUGAAGCCGGGUCCGUGGUCACUGUGAUUGAGGCAGCGGCUCCUACUUCUGCUGCCGCUGCUGCUGCUGCCACUGCGGACGCUCCUGCUUCUGCUGCCGCCGUUGCCGCGGCAGCAGCAUCGGUGCCGGGGCUGGUGACAGUGGAACGAACGGUGGACGACUCUCUCUUCUACGUGCCCCCCCAGCUCGACCACCUGGACGCCGCGCCCUCCACUGCCGUAUCGUCCGCCCCUCCGCCCCUCGUGCCACUGCCCCCCCUCUUCGACUCGUUCCUCCUCAGCCCCACUGCGGGCCCCACCCUGCCCGCCUCGCUGCAGAUCCCACCCAUGACCCUCCCCUCCUCCUCCGCGCAGCCAUUCUCCUCCCCACUCGGCCUGCGCCAGAUGCUGCCUCCCCUGCCGUCCACCGGGUGCCAGACCCCCCGCCAGAUGCAGCCUGCCGCACCCACCGUGGGCUGCCAAACGCCUGUGAACGCCAUCUUCUCGGGGCUCUCGCCCUUCCUGUCGGGCCGCAGCCCCCCCUCAUCCGCGGGUCGCUCCCUGGACGGCCCGCCCUCCAUCUUCCGCAAGCGGAGGCGCCUCAUUGACGUCGCUGCCGCUGCUGCCACGCCACGAGCUGCUGCUGGUGCUGCUGACAGUGCUGCCCCUGCUGCUGGUGGUGCCGUGACUGCAGCAGAUGGUGGAGAGGAACGGGGGGAGCAGAAGCAGAGGGAGAAAGGUGCAGAGGCAGAGGCGGAGUCGAAGUCUGGCAGGGUGCUCGCGCUGAUGAGGGAGCAGCCGGAGGGACUGGGCAGUGUGCAGCGCAGAGAGGGUACAGCAGAUGGCCCAGCGAGUGCAGCUGGGACUGGCGAAAAUUGUGGCAGUAAAGAGUGUGAUAAAGGCGAUGGUCACACUGUACUGUGUGAUAAUGGUGGGCUGGUUCUGAGGAUGGGCAAUGGCGAUGUUGGCAACAAGCGCAGGAGUGACAGUGGGAGAACGAGUGAGGGCGGGAGUGAGGCUUAUAUUAAGGGAGGCCCUGUGGGCUUGCAGCAGCGGAAGGAGAGGAGCGCGGAGAAGAGAGAGACUGACUGCAUGCUGAUGGCUGGGAAGGAUGGCCGUACGUCUUGCAUGGGAUGCGAGGAGGAGAAAGAGCAAGAGGUGGCAGAGAAGGAAGAGAGAGAGGGUAAAAAGGAGAAAGUGGAGGCAGGCGAGGAGGAAGUGGAGGAAGCAGAGGAGGAGGUGCAUGAGGAGGAGAGCGAGGAGAGCGAGGAGGGAAGUGAGGAGGAGGGCGUGGAGGAGGACGAGGACCCGGCUGAUUUUGCGCUGCCUGCGGCUGCGAUUGACAGUGAGGGAGGGGAGGGUGGCGCUCACUCGGCCCCGGUGACGUGGACGCUGACACGCGGCAAGAGCGUGAGUCCCGAGGGCAAGAAGCGCGCCAGGGAGGGCGAGCAGGACGGGGCGAAGGGUGGGGAGAGGGCAGGAGGGGGAGGAGGAGGAGCAAGGCAGGAGGGGAGGGUGUCUCCAAGGAAGCAGCUGACGCUGGAUGCAGGUGUUGAUGCUACCAUGCAUGCUGCUGCCACUGCUGCUUCUGCGGGCGCGAGUGACGCUGAUGUGCUCAUGCAGGAUGCAAGUGCCGCUGCUGCUACCACUGCUGCUGGCAGGGGCUGUUUGCCCCUCAGCCGUGUGCUGCACCUGGAGCUGGAUGCUGCUGCUGACGCCCACGCGCAUGACCCUGUCAGAGGCAGCAAGCCAGAUAAUAAGCCCUCUUAUCAGCACUCCAAUCAGCAGCAGCAGCAGCAGCAGCAGGAGGAUCCUUCCUCUAGAAAGCCUCUUUCCUCGUCCUCCACACUUCCCUCCCCCCCUCUCUGUGUUUCCGCGUCCUCCACUCGAGAUUCCUCCUCCCCAUCUUCCCUCGCAGCUGCACCCUCUUCAGACACCCCCUCCACCCCCUCUCAUGCUGCCACUGCGCCUGCUGCUGCUGGCGCCGCCACGACUGCAGCUACUGCGACCGCUGCUGCUACAGCUUCUGGAGAGGCAGCAGCAGCACUACUGGCGCCGUCACUGGCAGCACCAAAGCCAACUGGUGCCGGGCCAGCAGGAGCGGUUGGGACAGCAGGAGUGGUGGGACGGUCGCGACUGGGUACAGUCCCCGUGGUGGCCUCUCCCAGACUGGGUGCGCUGGGGCCAGUGGAGACAGAUGGAGGGAAGGUGAAAGCGAGUGAGGAGGGGAGAGCAGGUGGGGAAAAGGCGAGCCAAGGGAGCAAGUGCGAAGUGGAGUCAGGCGCAGGCCAACACAAGGGUGCAGCCUUGAAGGCGCACACCAGGCGGCUCAUCCGCAAGGUGCUGCCCGGGGGAGGUGUUGACUGGCAGGUGGCAGCUGUUGGGCCUGGGCUGGCGAGCCUGAGGGGGAUCCUGCAGGCUGCUUCCGGCGCUCCCCCGCCGCUUGCAGGCACACUGGGCACACACACGGGCACAGCUGCCGCUGGCACAAGAGCAGCAGCAGUGGCGUUGCCAGCAGGACCGUUUGGAUCUGGGCGUCUGUUGUCCUCUGCAGCGACUGCAGCAGCAGCCAAGGCUUGGCCCGCACCUAGAGAGCUUUCCUCGCCAGAGCUGGCAGGUUCGGGUGCGAGUGUGAGAUACACGGGGUGCUACAGCAGCUGCAGCGGCAGCCAGUCGUGCAUGAGCGGCGCCCUGUCGCCCUCACUGACCCCUGUGACCUCCCCCCCGGCCGCCGCGCUGAUGGCCGCCACCACCACCAUGGCGUCCGCCACCGUCACCUCUGCUGCCGCCACUGCUGCGCCCCCGCCCCUGCAAAUGCCCUCCCCCGCACAGCCCCAGAUGCCGCUGGCGCGCGGCAAGGUGGGUGGCAGGGCGGCGAGUGGGAGAGGGGCUCGUGCUGCUGCUGCGAGCAGUGAUGGUGCUGCUGCUGCUCGCGUUGCUGCUUCUGGUGCUGGUUGCGCUCGUGCUGGUUGCGCUAGUGCUGGCACUGCUGCCGGUGAUGCUGAGUGUGCGUCUGCAGAAGUUGGGGAUGCUACAGUAGCAGAGGUUGGAGAGGCAGUGGCUGUGGUGGGCACUAGUGCCACUGAUGGCGACCGGGCUGCUGCUACAUCUGCCCCCGCCACUUCUGCAGCACCUGGUGUACGUGAUGGUGAUGGUGAUGGUGAUGGUGAUGGGGACGGUGAUGGCAAUGAGGAGGCAGACCCCCUCAAAUGCACGGAGGCGGUAAGUGAGGUGGUCCCAGCAGCGCCAGCUGAAGGCAAGCUAUGCACCGCACUAGCACCAGUCAGUACCUCCCCCAGUCCUCCCCGCCCCGCAAAGCGGCCCUUCCCUGGUCACGAUGACACCGACCCACCCCAUGAGACCAUCGCUGGUGCUGAUGCGUCUCCAGCGCUUGCUGCAGGUGGUGCUGCAGGUGGUGCUGCAGGUGGGGUGCGAGAAGGUGCCAGAGGAGUGGGUGGUGGGGAGGCAGGAGCAGGAGCAGCAGCAGCAGGCGGAGAGGCGGGUUGCCAGAGGAAGGUGAGGCGGGUGAGGCCACCGCUGCACCGAUGCAUGGCCAAGCCACAGCAGCAAGGGCAGGGGCAGGGGCAGGCAGAAGGGCAGGCAGAGGGAGUGGGUGGAGAGGCAGAUGAUGCCGCAGUGCGCAGCUGUGCUGUGCUGUCUCCCCCGCCUGUCAAGUGUGUGGCAGCGGCGCCGGCAGCAGAUGGGCAGGGUAGCAGCGCUGGGCGAGCAGUGGCAGUGGGUGGUAGUGUGGGGCCGGGUGGAGGGGGAGAGGGGGCGGAGGGGCAGUGGGUGCUGCAGGAGGUGGGGGUGGAUGGGUCGCUCUUCUCCCCAACGCCCUCGCGUGCCGCCAUGGCGGGCGUGGGGUCGCUCGCCUCGCCCAUGUCGCCCUUCACCGCGCGCUGGCUCUCGCCCGUGAGGCCGCAGGCGCUGGCGUCGCUGGACGUGUUCUGCUGCAGCACCCCUGCGUCGCUGCGCAAGGCGGGCUUUGCUGCGCGCGCCGCCUGCAUGGACGCCGCUGACACCGCCCACUGCGACCUGGCGGGGGGCGCUGCUGGGCUGGGCAAGAGCACAUGGGGAGAGCCCAUCAGCCCUGCGAGCUACCUGCUGCGGGAGUACCGUUGAGGGUGCACCGCGCCGCAGGUGUUGCGCUGUGAAGGAGGUCAGACUUCAUUCGUGUGAUUCAACCUCGACUGCAGUACUACGCGCAUACUUUAGAAGGUAAUUGUAGAUAGCUAUUAUACUUGACAAGAACUGAAAGGACCUCACUUUCUUGUUCUGCGUGUAUGCAUUGUCGAUAAGUAGAUAGGCAGCCACAGAUAUAACUAUUUAAGCUAGGAACUUAGCUACUAGCUACUAGUGUUUUGUUAUUGUUUUGAUCUAACUUCUUUGCAUUUAUAUG